UUAGCACCAAACCCCUCCUCUCUCUCUCUCUCUCUCUGUCUCACUCACCAACACUUCCUUGUACGAGUAUGGAUAAGAAGCACGGUUUGUUCUCCAAGUCACAUUCCCGGCGAUCGCGAUCCAAGAGCCCCGUGAGAGGCGUCUCUCCGAUCAUCAUCCGUCGCCGGAAAGGUCGUUACGUCUCGCAACCGGACCGGCACAUGUCUGAGAUGCUCCCGCCGGUUAUAGAAGGUCCUGAUCCAGACGGAGAAGAAUCCGGAAACAGUGGAGAUUACUCGAGGUUCGAGAGACGGUGGUACAAUUGGAUGAAAUGUCAGCUUCCGGUGGCUCCGCCUUCGGUAUCUUCGUCUUCCGGCUUCAAACGGACGGAUCUGAGGCUAUUGCUCGGUGUUCUUGGCGCACCACUUGGUCCUGUGCACGUUAGUGCUCUGGAUCUCCUUCCACAUCUCUCCAUCAAGAAUACUCCCAUGGAAACCUCCUCUGCGCAGUACAUCCUUCAGCAGUAUACGGCUGCAUCAGGUGGUCAAAAGCUCCAUAGUUCUGUGCAAAAUGGGUAUGUUAUGGGAAGAAUCAGAACAGUGGCCUCGGAGUUUGAGACAGGCUCAAAGGGUUCAAAGAGCAAGAACAACUCGUCGAAAGCUGUUGAGUCUGGAGGAUUUGUGUUGUGGCAUAUGAAUCCUGAUAUGUGGUAUAUGGAGCUUGUUCUUGGUGGGAGCAAGGUCCUUGCCGGUUGCGACGGGAAGCUUGUGUGGAGGCACACACCAUGGCUUGGACCUCAUGCUGCAAAAGGACCGGUUAGACCAUUGCGACGCGCUCUUCAGGGACUUGACCCAAGAACCACAGCGAACAUGUUUGCAAAUGCAAGGUGCAUAGGAGAAAAAAAGAUUGAUGGAGAAGACUGUUUCAUUCUCAAGCUAUGUGCAGACCCGGCAACACUCAAAGCUAGAAGCGAAGGUGCAUCAGAGACCAUAAGACAUACUUUGUUCGGUUACUUCAGCCAAAAAACCGGUCUUCUUGUUCACUUAGAAGACUCCCAAUUAACCCGAAUCCAAAACGUUGGAGGCGAAGCAGUUUACUGGGAGACGACCAUCAAUUCAUACCUAGAAGACUACAAACCGAUCGAAGGUAUCGUGAUAGCUCACUCUGGUAGAUCCGUGGCUACACUUUUAAGGUUUGGAGAUAUGUCAUCGGGACAUAACACGAAGACGACAAUGCAAGAAGCAUGGGUCAUCGAUGAGAUUGCGUUCAAUGUCCCUGGGUUGUCUAUGGAUUGCUUCAUUCCACCUUCUGAACUCAGAUUCGAUUCUCACGUUGAAGACUCAUCUCAAGGCCCCAAAAUUAAGACAUUGCAGGGUUCAGUAGCGACCCGCCAGAAAAAUGGCUGAUGUCGGGAACAAGUUUCCAGUGAAGCUUGGGACGCAGGAGAUUAAUGUGUAUAAACUCAUUCAAAACAGUUUCUUCUACUUUGCUAUUGUUGAGAAGCUAAAAAAAUUCUUGUAGGAAGUUCCGUUGAAGAUGUAAAUAGAGCGUAGGGAGAAUUUCGUUCUCUUUGCUGCAUAAUGUUAGAGGAAUGUGUAUAGUAUCUAUUUUUUUCAGGAACAACUUAGUAAGUCAGUCCAAUUUUAUUUUAUUUUAUAUAGUUUCAAAGAC